UUCGCAAAAGUUAUUUCUUCUGAGAAUCAGCGAGGUUUCUGGAACCCAUUCACAGGUGCGACAUUUUGCAGACGGAUCGAUAAACCGGGCAUUUUGAAAUGGGUUGCAACGCCUCAACGCUUGCCAAGAUCCAUAACGUGGACGAAUUGAUCCUUGAGACUGGGUUCUCCUCGUCUCAUAUCUGCCAUCUGUACAACCGGUUUCACUCCCUGGAUAAAGACGACAAAGGAUUGCUCAACCGGGGUGACUUUCAGAAUAUCAGUGAGCUCGCUGUUAACCCAUUAGGGGACAGAAUCAUCAACAAUUUCUUUCCUGACCGGGUGGACCUGAUUGAUUUCAACUCGUUCGCUCGGACCCUGGCUCGCUUCAGACCCGUGGAAAACAGCCCGAAGAAGGAACCCGACUCUCCGGAGCCCAUCAACAGCAGGGCUAACAAGCUCAAGUUUGCCUUCCAACUUUAUGACCAGGACAAAGAUGGCAAGAUCUCAAACAAUGAGCUUUUACAGGUCCUGCGUCUGAUGCUGGGGGUGCAGGUGACCGAGGAGCAGCUGGACAACAUCACUGACCGGACGAUACAAGAGGCCGAUCUGGACGGAGACAACGCCAUCUCGUUCGAAGAGUUCAAAAAGUCUCUGGAGAAGGUGGAUGUUGAGACCGUGCUGAGCAUUCGCUUCCUUUGAUCGAUUGUUCCGCAGGCUUAAGAAAAGCAGCGUUUCAGAAACAUCAAGACCCGGGAUCGUUACCACCCCUGUCCAUUGUGUCUUUUAUUGAGCGCGCAGUUUAUAAGCUUUACAUUCACACCCGGUCGGAUACAAUUUAAUUGACUUGAUAUAUCUUUCAAAGUACAAGUGGAGGGGGAAAAAACAAACUGUCUGUUACACGUUGCGUUUUAUUUCUAACACUACCAGAUUUUUAAUAGAAAAAUUUUGUAGACUUUUGUACUGGUAUGAAAGCUAAAUUCACCCUAGCCCCAUGUAUAGACCUGUGCUUAUCGCUUGGGCCUUUUUUAAAAAUUAUUUUUAAAGGUCAAAUUUGAUGCUCCCCACUUUUUUUAGUUUCAACUAGUUUUCCUGUUUUUCCUUUGUCUGGUCGGGUAUACACAGAACGAUCCCUCUAGCUACAGACUUCGGAUUAGGUUAUCUGAAUGCCUUUUUGUGUGCACAGGUUGAAAACGACUACGUUUCCAACAGAAAUCCGGGCAGGGUCGCUGGUGUCGAUCAGGCUAACUCACCAUUCAGAGUGAAACGAGUGAAGAAACAGCUGCCUGGGUUUGUGUGGAUCGCUGCUUUUCUUACUCUGUGGAGGAGAACAGCGAUCCACACAAACCCAGGCAGCUGUUUCUACACUCGUUUCACUCUGAAUGGUGAAUCAGCCCGAUGGACACAGAUGAAAUCGGUUUGUGGAAACAGAAUACAUAUUUAUAUAUUUACGUUUCAAUUCAGCAAUGAUUUAACUUAAAUACUUUAUUUGUAUAUUAAUCUUGUAAACGUACAUUUUAAAUGUAAGUCUUAAUUGUAAUAAAUUAUCAAACAAAA